UAAAGCUCAUAGUGGGGGGGUUAGGGGUCAGCUCGGUGAAUCUCACUCACUUUCUCUCCCUCAGCAUCUCGGAGCCUGAGCCCUCACGCCAACUCAACCGUCAGUGACGUCUGCAUCACGUGUGCGUCUCUUCCCUCGGUACGUCCGUCGUAUUUUUCCUCCCCUCCGCUUCUACACCGAGAGCAGAGCAGAGCCGAGCCGAGCCAGACGAACAGAAAGGACCCUCUGAAAGAGUGUCGCCGCCCGGGACCUGCCUGACACCGGCUGUCACGUUUGCCUGUGAGCCGAUGGACGGAGGGGUCUCCUUCCACCUAGAAGUUCAUCCGUUAAGUCCAUUAGUGGCUCCUCUGUGUGCCCGUUCAAUGUAAACUUUUUUAUUUAUAUUUUUCAACCCUUCACUGAGUUCCAACAAAGGGAGGGUUUGACUUGAACCUGUACUGAGAUUUACUAGGUGGGGACCUAUGGACAAGCCCCUCAAUUCUACUUUCCUCAUGCCUGGUGUGUAGUGAAGAAGGAAUCCAUCUUCUCUCUCCCGCCCCUCAGCCAUUUGACCGGCCCUCCCCACCCUGUGAUCACACCAUGGCCAGCAGAAGGAAGUCCACCACGCCAUGUAUGAUCCCCAGUAAGAUCAUCCGCUCGGUAGAGGAGGUUGAGCGGGACUCUCCGGUUCCCCUCCGUCACCCCAGGGUUUCCUGCGGGGACAGGCGCUCCCCUCUGAAUGUGGGCGACUCCUCCAAACCAGAGACGGGGGAUGCAGAUAAGGACGGCGGCGGCACUUACACCUGUAAGCCGUGCAAUUUCGAAACUCACGACCUCAACCUGUUCCUAGAUCACGUCUACACAGGGCACCCGGACUUCCGGGCGGACCCAGGCUUCAUGUGCAUGAGCUGUGGGGUUUCAGCACCUAAGUUUGAGGGGCUAGCUCUGCACAAUGCCAGGGUCCACCCCAGCACUUUGAAUACUACUCUGCAGCUGAGAAAACGGGACAGGAGGGUAGUGGUGGAGCAGAAUCUGGUGAUUGGGGCGGAGAUGUGCAGAGACAGUGAGAUUUCCAUCACUAAAACCCCGAUCAUGAGGAUGCUGAAGGGCAAGUCUGAAUCCAAGCGGAUUGUGGUGUCUCACUCCAUCUCUGAAGAGCAGCCCUCAGACAUUCACUCUGUCUCUAUAUCCAGAGAAUCAGAGAGAAAAGAAUCCACUGCUGCUACAGUCAGCCAUGUCCCCACCAUCGUCCACAAUGGGACCAGCAAGGCGCCGCUGCCCUCUGCCAUCCAGAUCGUCAAUGGCUCUGCGGGAUUACCUCUGCUGAAGACACCCAUCACUCAGAUUGUUUCUGUAGCUCAGAACCGAAAUCUUCACCAUUCUGCACCGAUCACUGCUUCCUCAACCGUUUCCUCUGCUUCUUCUGCAUCGUCCUCGCAAAAUCUACCCAAGGUAAUGAUUCCUCUGAGCAGCAUCCCCACCUACAGUGCCUCCAUGGACUCGUCUUCCUUUCUAAAGACCUCCUUCAGUAAAUUCCCGUACCCCACUAAGGCCGAGCUGUGCUACCUGACUGUGGUCACCAAGUUCCCUGAGGAGCAGAUCAAGAUCUGGUUCACAGCUCAGAGACUGAAACAGGGAAUCAGCUGGUCUCCUGAGGAGAUUGAGGAGGCCAGGAGGAAGAUGUUCAACACCAUCAUCCAGACGGCGCCUGUCGGCUCGCAGAACCAAAGCCAGAGUCACCACAGCUCUGCUCCACACACUAUUACGGUGCUCCCUGCUUCUCUGGGGCCCACAGGAAUCCCUCAGUUCCUUCAGGGCUCUCUGGUCAGCCAGGGAGGAGUCAUCGUCACACAGCCCGUGAUGGCCAAUGGCAUCCAGGUCAGCAGCGCUCCUGUGGCCCUGGCUGUCACACCGAAGCCCCAGGCGGCAGCUCGGCCCAUGAUGCAGGCCCGCCCUGCUGCUGCUCUGGUGGCGGACAAAUGUACCAGCAUGGUGGUGGGAACGGUGGGCAGCAGCAGCGCUGGGAGCAACGUCAUCACAGGGAGUAAAGGCACCAGCAGUAGCUGUGGUACUGAUGGAGGGGUCAUCAACCUUAGUCUUGGAAGUGGAAGCCAUGGCAAUGCUAAGGCUAGCAGUGUCAGUAAAACCAGCAGCACUAACGGCAACUCCAGCGACAAGAGCAGCAGUGAUGUCAGCAACCGUGAUGGCGGCAAAAACUCAGACAAUAAACCCAGCAUGAGCAACACAGUUCAGACCGAUGCUAAGACUCCCACAGAUGGAAAAGCUGCCACCAGCGAAAUCUCGCAGAGCAAAGAUGCUAACGCUUGCAGUAACCAUAACAACGCAGCCAGUACAAGGACAGAGGAAGCAGAUCCUUCUGCUUGUGACUCUCCAACCAUCAAAACCGAAGAGGCUUUGUCACCCGCCCCAAAAUCUUCCUCCCCUUCUCCUGCUGUAGCUCCUGGCAGCAGCUCCGGCUCCAGGACGACCUCCAGCUCCUACCUGGACUCCAACUUCUACAAAGGCAAGAAGUCUCAGGAGCAGCUCAGUGUCCUGAAGGACAGCUUCCAGGUCAGCCAGUGGCCCGACCAAGAGGAGGUGGACCGCCUCAUCGCUCUAACCGGCCUCACAGUGCGGGAGGUCCGCAAGUGGUUCAGCGACAGACGCUACCACUUCCGCAACUGCAAGAGCUCACGCUCCAGCACAGGGGGGCAAACUAAGCCCAGCGCCGCUUCUGGAGGAAGCAGCAGCGCAGGAACCGGCGCCCCAGUUGAUCUGUCAGAAAGUAGCAGCGCACAGAAUGCUAAAACAACCCAGCACAGCUCCCCACCUCCUACCCAGACCCCCACAUCCCCCAGUAAUCCUUCUAGGAGGCCCUUCAGGUUGCCCUCACCUGAUUUUACAGCCGUCCGCUACAAGGAGAGAGACCCCCACCAGGUUAUAGCCCUGGAGGCCAGUUUUGCCCAGAACGCUGAGCCGUCAGGAGAGGAAGUGGACAGGCUGCGCUCUGAGACCAAGAUGACUCGGAGGGAGAUACACGGCUGGUUUGCUGAGAAGAGGAAGAGAGUCGCUGCUGAGAAAAAGAAGGAGGAGGCAGAGCGGGUACCUAAAGAGGAUGAGGAGGAGAUGGAGGUUGAUGGAGAAGAGAGGCAGAAGGAUGAUGGUUCAGGGGAACCCAAGGUUAACCCCAUUAAAAUCAAUCUGAAGAUGCUGAAGGUGACCGAGGCUAGUGGUAAAAUUGAGGGGGAAGGAGUGAAUAAUCCAGCCUUACAGUCGCAGCCUGGCAGCACACCCGCCUCCUCUCAGGGCCCCACCUCCUCCACCACAAAACCAGCUCAACCCUCUACUCUGACACCGAAAAACUCCCAGUCCCCUAAACCCACGACCGUCCGAGGAAAGAAGACGGCGGAGCAGCUUCACCAACUCAAACAGGUCUACGCUCGAACCCAGUGGCCCAGCGCCUCUCAGUACGAUGAGCUGAUUUCAGGGACAGGGCUGCCCAGGCCAGAGGUCGUCAGGUGGUUUGGAGACUCCCGCUAUGUGCAGAAGAACGGGCAGCUGAAAUGGUUGGAGGAAUACCAGAACAUGGCCCUGGAGAAGGAGCUAAAGAAGGAGAACGCCAAGAUCCUUCAGGAUCAUCUGGAAACCCACGGCAUGCUGGGAGACUCACAGUUAAAGGAACUGGCAGAGAAGACCGGUCUGACCAGUGACUUGGUGCGGCAUUGGUUCUCCACCAGAAUGGUGAUCCCCGACGGAAAACGAGCCGCUGUCGACAGGACGGGGACGGGCCCAGAGCCGCCAUCUGCAGGAUCCUCCCCUCUGGAGCCGCAGCCUGGAGGCGGGACUGAGGAGAAAAUGGAGCAGUCUGUGUGCGGCGCUGCAACAGAAUCAGAGGAGGCAAACACUGAAAGCUCUGCUGCAGCAGGAACUGAAGAAGCCUCUGUGUGAGGAUGGGGUCAGCAGGGCGGGUGGUCUUUGUUCUGGGGCCCUGAGUAAAAGCCAGCAGAUGGUUUUGUAACAGGAUCACUGCUUUGAAAUCGAUCUCCGAUCCAUCCUCACCCGUCCUCCCCUCCCCCACUACAAGAGCUGACCGCUCCAGUCCCUCCUCGUGCCAUUACAGCGACUCAUUCCCUCCCAAGGAACUUCCCAUCAGCCCCGUGUUCUGGGACUGGACUGAGGCCUGGUCACGUGGAAAUCUGACGCUUGGCUGAACGCUGAGGCAUAUUGGGAGGUUGGUCAUCAGCCGUCGCUGCGGGGUGCCUGCCGAGGCCUUAGAUGACUUUUUCUUAUUUUCAACACGUCUUCUGCUCACUUAAACGUCCAAACCUGGCUCUCUCAGCGCUUUUUGUGACUCCUAAAUGCAUUUUUUUUUUUGCCUAGUUUGGACAAGACUUUGUUCUGGAAGACACUUAGACUCGUCUUUGAUCUAAAGGCAGGCGCCUUUUGAUGUCUGAAGGAACGAGAAAAGACUGUGUGGACUAUGGACCUUCUUGUAGCAUCAAGUGCUUCUCUGUCUUUGUUUUUAUGGAACUUUCUUAGGAAUAAAUGUACCUGUAAAAGAACAACUUUCACCAGAGUUCCAUACUUAUGCUUGAUGUACAAUUUUUACAGAUUCAUUUGGAGAAUAAACAGAAUGAAUUCAGGCCUGUUUGAUUCACUGGAAACUGUUAGAUACUUUUUUAUAAAACAUACAGAACCCCUGUAAAAUAAUAGUAACCUCUGCCUGUAUGUGAUAAACCCAAAUAGUGAAUAAGAA